AUGGCCGCGAAGUCGGAUGGAGCCGGGGCGGCCUCGGCCGUGCGCAUGGAGGGCGCGGAGGGCGGCGGCGCGGGCUCGCUGCCGGGCGGGUCCCGCCGAGGGGGCGGCGGGGGCGCGGGGCCCGGGCCGGGCAGCCCCUUGGCGGCCGCCCCGCCGGCGCCCCGCGCCUACAGCCUGCUGGACUGCUGCUGGGUGCUGUGCGCCCUGCUCGUCUUCUUCUCGGACGGGGCCAGCGACCUGUGGCUGGCGGCCGAUUACUACCUGCGGCGCCAGUUCUGGUGGUUCGGGCUCACGCUGCUCUUCGUGCUGCUGCCCUCGCUCGUGGUGCAGCUGCUCAGCUUCAGGUGGUUCGUCUACGACUACGCGGCGCCCCGAGCCCCCGGGCCGGCCGCGGCCCCGGCCCCCGCCGCCGGCACCAAGGACAGCGGCUGCACCAAGGACAGCGGCCGGCCCGGCUCCGCGCUCCUCUCGCCGCCCCCCGCCCGCGCCCCGGCCCCGGCCCCCGGCGCCUACCGGACCCGGGGCUGCUGCCGCCUCUGCGUCUGGAUCCUGCAGUCCCUCAUCCACCUCCUGCAGCUGGGACAGGUCUGGAGGUACCUCCGGACCCUGUACCUCGGCCUCCAGAGCCGCUGGCAGUCAGAGCACAGGCAGCGCCACUUCUACUGGAGGAUGAUGUUUGAGAGCGCUGACAUCAGCAUGCUGCGGCUGCUGGAGACCUUCCUGAAGAGCGCCCCCCAGCUGGUGCUGCAGCUGAGCAUCAUGGUGCAGCAGAACAACAUCGAGCCUCUGCAGGGUCUCUCGGCCUCGGCCUCCCUGGUGUCCCUGGCGUGGAUGAUUGCCUCUUACCAGAAGGUGCUGCGGGACUCGCGGGAGGACAAGAUGCCCAUGUCCUACAAGGGGGCAGUGGUGCAGAUCCUGUGGCACCUGUUCACCAUCGCUGCCCGCGCCAUUGCCUUCGCCCUCUUCGCCUCUGUGUUCCAGCUCUACUUUGGCAUCUUCAUCGUCACGCAUUGGUGCAUCAUGACCUUCUGGAUCAUCCAGGGGGAGACGGACUUCUGCAUGUCCAAGUGGGAGGAGAUCAUCUACAACAUGGUGGUGGGUAUCAUCUACAUCUUCUGCUGGUUCAACGUGAAGGAGGGCCGGAGCCGCGGCCGCAUGGCCAUCUACUACACCAUCACGCUGGCAGAGAAUGCGGCCCUCACCGGGCUCUGGUACAUGUACUACGACCGCCAGGCCACCUCAGACUUCGACGCCUUAAUCAUUGUCUGUGUGGUCUCCUCCAGCUUCGCCCUGGGCAUCUUCUUCAUGUUCAUCUACUACUGCCUCUUGCACCCCAACGGGCCCGUGUUUGGCCCCCAGACCACAGGCUGCAUUUUCAAAAAGGCGCCGGCCGCCUGCGUGGGGCCCCCAGAGGACGUUAUCACCAGCCCCCCGCGCUCCUUGCCACGGACUACAGGGGGGGAGAGGGAAGGGGUGCCAGGGGACAGGGACAGCUGCGUGCCUGUUUUUCAGGUCAGGCCAAGCGUCCCCCCGACCCCUGUUGCCCGCGCCCCCCGGACAGAAGGGCCCGUCAUCCGAAUAGAUCUGCCCAGGAAGAAGUACCCAGCCUGGGACGCCCAUUUUAUUGACAGGCGGCUCCGUAAGACGAUCCUAGCGCUGGAGUAUUCGUCUCCGGCUACCCCCCGCCUGCAGUACCGCAGCAUGGGGGCCUCGCAGGAGGUGCUGGAGUAUGAGACCACGGUGUAGGCCAGCACGGGAGCCAUGUAACUGCCUAGCGUGCCCCCCGCCAUGGGGCUGACACGCUGGUGCAUUUCCAGAGCCCACUGGCCACCAGCCACGCCCGGCCUUCCGCUGCCCUGGGAAGUGGCUGUCCAGUAUCUUCUUAGCAUUUUGCCUUUUGUGUUCAUUAGCACUGAUGGCCCCCACCUCCCCGCUCUACCCCCCCAUCCAGAGGGGUUGGCGAGGUCAGCUGGUGCUACCCCCCGCUCUGCCUCGACGCGCUCUCCCUCUAGCGAUGCCAUGGCAAAGUUUUCCUCCUUGGGCCCCAGUUGCCUCCCUGGCAACCCCACAAAUGGGCCCAGAGGAGUCCAUCCUCCCCUCCAGGCAGGAGGCUUUGUUGGUGCUGAAAUACCUCACCUGUACCUGAACUCAAACAGCCCGGAGCUGCCCCAUGGCGUGGCCUCUAGCCACCAGCAAAGGGGCAGGGCACCUGGUUUGCACAGGGCCCGGCUGGAGAGGGUGGGGAGCAGCUUCCCUGGGGGGGGGUGAGGACUGGCUGGAGCAGGGCAGCAGGGUGCCUGAGGGGCCGUGGAGUGGGGGGAGGAAUCGGGGCAGGCUGAGUGCCCUGGAUACAGAAAUGCACUGCAAACCCCUGCUGCUUUGGGCACAGGGGGGGCUCUGGGAAUUGGGCCCGAGACGUGCAGAGCUCGGGGGGAAAGGGGGGGCCCUGGUUGCUGGAACACACACUGGGUGCUGGGGUGUGCCGAGGGUGCUGGGGUAAGGUGGAGCGUGGCAGCUGAUCACAGGCACAAUCCUUUAUCAUUCCUGUAUAAAGUCUGUUCCCGCAAUUCCCUGGGCCUUGAAAUUGGGGAAUGGCCUUGGGCCCCCUCCCACACCCACCCUGAGACACCUGCCAGUCCAUGGGGGCAGAUGCACUUCGGCCUCUGAGUAAAGGGGCCAUAGGAAGGUUAAUAAUCCCAGCGUCCCAUGGGGUGAGCGUGGCAGGGGAUUCUCCCUAGAGUGUUGGGGUCACGAUGGAGAGAGCCCGUGGGAUCCCAAGGAGCACGUCGGCGAAGCUGGGUUGGCAGGAGCUGGAGACAACACAGAGAGAAAGCUGGAGCAGAAUGAGGUGUUUGCUUGAGGCCAAGCCAGGGCCAACGGCCCUAGCAGGAUAAACGUCCGAUUCGUACCAGUGCCAAUGGCCAAACUCCCUGGGCCUUCAGUGGGAGUGGCUGAGGGCAGUGUCGUCACCAUGCAAGAGCCCCAGGGCUGCAGCCAUGCCAGGCACCAUCACACCCCCAGCAUUUGCCACUCUGCAGUGCCGGCUGUGCCAUUCCAUCUCCUGUGCAAGGGACGCAGAGGGGCCGGGCUUGAUUCCGGGGCCUUGGGUGGUAAAUGCUGCGUCUGCAGGGGCUGGGGUGGCCCUGUUGGUGCAGGGAUGUGGUGUCCUGUCACAGCUCCGCAGGCAUGAUACUGAGAGCUGAGCUGGUUCCCCGCACCCAGGCCAGAGGCUGCGGGCAGUGAUCUCUCACUGGCGUGGCUGUUUCAGGUUUUGUUGUGAACCGGCUGGUGCGUGGGGAGGGGCUUUAUCACUAGCAUGGCAUGAAAUUAACAAAGGCUCCGGCACGGUUCAGGCCAGGCCAGCAGACCAGACAAACCCCCUGUUUGUCAGAUCCAUGGCCCAGAUACUGCCACCCCGAAUGACAGUGAUCUGAACAAGGCCUUUUCAAGCCAGACUUGUACGGCGCUGCAGUGGGUUGUGGCAGGUCUGCCACUGGAAGCUGGGGGUGUUUUAGUUGCUUCUUCAUAUAUUUUCCUGUUUGUGUGUUUCCACAUCUGGAAAACCUGCAGGCUUUUAAAUGAUUGCAGGGGAGGGUGGGGGAGAGGGGUGUCUUUUACCAUGAAGAUUAACAGGUCACAAAGAAAGCCACCUGCGGACACCCCUCCCCCCACAGAGUGCCAGCCCCACCUCUCUUCUGACCUGACUUCACUGUGCACGCAGGUCUGAGGGAGGGCAGGGUAAGACCUGGGCAUGCACACCUGGAUCUGGAGGGAUAGAUUUAAAAAACCGGUUAAGUGCCCAGGUGCUCCCUGCUUCCUGUAGCUGUGUGUGCAAACUGGUUCAUUGCAUGUGCAAAAGGCUGAUUAGUCGCACUUACCAAUUGGUCUGGGCAGAUGCAUUAAGCAAGAGCAGAAAUUAGGUGCCCCUUUUUCACCUGCAAUGAAGAGCUGAAGCUUGCUGAAUCCCUGGCCUCCCGAGAGGAGGCAGCUUGAGCCCACAGUGCCACCUCACUGAUCCCAAAUGCCCUUCGGUCUCCCACCCAGAGCUCCAGCUCCUGCUCCAAGCACCAUGAUUCCAAGGGGGGGUUGCAACUGGGGGAAGGGAGAUGAUGCCCUGAGAGCCAACAGCCUUGGCUCAGGGCUAUGCCUGAAACCCCAGACCUGCUUCAGCUGCUGGGGGAGUCCCGUCUGGCCAGGCCCAAGGUCACCUUCCAGCGGAAAUGGAGGAAACUCGAGUUACGUGACAUGGCAAGAGCAUGUGGAGCUGGGGGGAAGGCAACACCCCUCGCCUCAUUUUAAGCCCAGCUGUAGGGUUACAGGGGGACGCUCUCCACACAGCCCCCCCUUCCCCCACCAUGUACAGGCUGCUCGCACGUCCCAUGAUCUAAGCCCCACCGGUUCUCUGAGUCCCUCCGUCUACAUGAGCAAGGUGCAGCCCCCAGCAAGUGCUCACCUCUGCCUGGCUGGGGGGGGGGGAGAAGGGGUGCAGCUUCCUGCUGGCUGAGUUGGGCACCUCAUGGGAGAGUCUGAAAUACCCAGUUUCCUGUUUCUUUUUGUCCUCACCCUUGGAUUUAACCCUUUGGUCCCUGCAGCUGUUGGCUCUCCCGCCUCUGGUCCCUGUGUUCAUGCCAGUGGUUCUGCAGCCUGCUCACCCUGUGUCCUCUUACACAGCUGAGCAGCCUGUGACUGGCACCCGACGGGCACAGGGAGAACUGGGUCACUGCUCACACGGGGGGAUGCCCGAGUCUCUCCCGUAGCUGGGCAGGGACGGUUAAAAUGUAACUGAGCCAGAGAACAAACCAGCUGCCUCUGCGUCUCCUCCUGAGACAAGCGCACUGGGCUAGGUCUGCCCAGGGCAGCCUCCGCUCCUUUUGGGGGUCAGUCAGGACAGGGAGAGAGGGGGAAGGCAUCUGGUGCCCGAGGCCUGGCGGGGUCCCUGCCCAGGCUGCGUUUGCCUGAGCAGGCACCAUUGGUUUGGCUGAUUUGCGAGAACUGGUUUUUCUGAUUUGUUUUAUUUUAAGUGAAAUGAUCUACCUCAGCGACACUUGCUGGGUUCCAUUGCUACAGCUGGCUCUGCCGGCAGGGGUUGCUGGGUGGAGGUGGCGUCCCGGGUGCUGGGGUGCGCGUCCGAAAACAUGGGAUUCAUUGCACCGAAUGUCUCCCAGGCAAGUGAGAUUUGGGGCUGUACAUGGGCGGAACCAGGGGGGCUUCCCGGGCAGUACAGGCCCACAUGCGGCUCUCGCGGCUCCAUGAGGAGGCACCCACACUGCGGAGAGCAGAACCUGCCCUUUGCCAUCUGUGGCCCGGUUCUGAGAGCCCUUGUUAAGUUUUUAUCCAGUCCUCACUCAGGCAAGCAUCUGAUGUCAGCCUCUGGCUACGGAUUUAUCCCCCACUCAGCCCUGGCGUGUGCGUCAGCCGGGUGGAGCAGAGCAGGGCCUCGUCAUCUGGCCCGCUCGGCUCUUUCCCAUUGCCACCUGUGUGACGGUGAAACUCGCGCUUCCCCAGGGACUUGCGCUGUAUUCCCCCAAAAUUGCUCACACCGAGUGCCGCUUCGUGCUGACGGUCCCAUGUAGCGAGCGUAGCAGUGUGCGCCUUGGACAGGGCUUGGACGCGCUGUGCAGUCCUGGCUGGCUGGCCCACAUGCACCGUGACCUGACUAGCCUGCAAGCACAGAGCGUAGCAUCUGCCCAUGCACUGAAUGUACCCCCUCCCUAUGCACUGAUGUGUGCACUGCGCCCGACUACAGCAUGUGCUGUGCAUCCCUAACUGCACCGCGUGCCAGGUACGCUGAUGGCACGGCUUGCACCAGAACCUGCACGAAGCACUGUGUUCACCCGCAGGACACUGUGCAGCGUGCACUGGUGCACUGAUUUCUCCCAGGGACAGAGUGUCCCAGGCACACUCAUUACACCACCCUCACACACAGUACCGCAGCCACUGAGCAUCGUGUCUCCCAUUCACCGUCUGGCACGAGUCCCACAAGCAGGGCUUACAGGGCAGGGAGUCACGGGAACACCCUCAAGUCUCACUCAUGACUCCACAGUCUCUUGUGGUCACACGUCCAGUGCCAGUUAGAACAAGGUGUGCAUGGCUCUGGCAAAACUAUGGGGCAGAGCAGGGGCAGUCCAGCUCCCCCCUCCUCAGCUGGUGCAGUGAGAGCCCCCCGGCUCCUUUAACCCUGGUGCUUGGAGUUGUCAGUGCACUGACUGUACCAUGUGCUGUACUUUAUACCCCUGGCGUCUGCAUUACCACACGCUGACUGCAAUAUGUGCCUUUUACACACCAUGUGCUCACUCACCCUGGCUCAUUGUACUGUAUGGUAAUAGUGAGCUCCAUAUAACUGUGCAGACCUCACACUGUAACGACACCAUCAGUACUGACUACACCAGGUGUAUUACACCGCUCUGUAUUUUUCACACUUACUACCCCACUCUUGUCCUAAACACCGACUGCACAUUGAUAGUAGAGUACUAUAUAGAAAUUGUCCCUUUGCCAUAUGUCCACUGUUCUUUUCAGGCAACUAUGGUCCUGUUGUACCAUGGACUGGCCCAGAUUAUGAUCUCAGGUCAGUGGCAUAAAUCCAGAGUAAUGCCACAGUCAGCUGAGUCACUCUGGAUUUCUGUCAAUGUAAGUGAGAGCAAACGCUGACCCACCACCUGAAGAAGACCGUGCCCACAUGGUGCUGCCCCACUGCAUGCUGAUCGUUCCCCCACCUCCGCCCCAGCACUGCCUGCCCUAUGAUGCUGCAUGCAUUCUGCACCACGUGAUGCACAGUGUGUGCUGUAACACCAGGCGCUGUCUGGAGCAUGGAGAGUUAGCAGAAUUAGCAGAACGUUGGCAUCUUCCUAGGCAGAUUGUAACCUUGAGGCCUACCCGAUGGCAAGCAGAUUGCAGCUGGAGGCCGACUCCUGGAGGCAGGUUUGAAAUAGAUUGCAGAGAAACAGGGCUGGGGGAGAGAAAUAGACACAGCUGGACAGAAGACGUCUGUGCAUAGUCUGCAAAUGUCUGUCCACAUUUAGCGUCAGGGUUAUUCCCUCCGGGAUGCUGCAAUCUGAAGAAACGGGGCUAAUCCAAUAGCCGGGGCAUAGAGGCAGCCAAAGAGCUAGUCAGCCGCUAUCACCUGGGCUUCAGAUUCAGCCCCUUGCUUAUUCUGGUCCCUGUUGAUGAAAAGCCCUUUAGUUUUAAGGGGUGUUUCUCAAAGUGUCGGCCGGUAGCAAGAGCUAGUGCCCCCCUCCCUGCAGUACCCAGGGUCUCCCCUAGGUGUCGCUGGGCUGCUGUUGUGUGCAAUGUAUCAAAGUUGUCACAUUGCCUUGUGUGUUGUACUUUGUAAUCAAGCGCUGGGCUGAAGCUGGUGGCUGAGAUGUUUUUAUACCUCUCCGUGUUGAAUGGCAGCUGCCGAAAGCCUUGCUGUGUGCGUGUCUGCCUGAGGCCCGGUUACAGCCGGAGCCCGGAGCCCAGACCUACGCACCCAUGUGCAUGGAGCAAAGUGACACUAAGGAAAGGGCAGAGACGCUGGUUUGCUUUAGUGGUUCCUCUGGAGCCGCAGUUCUGACAGGAACUGCAGCCCCCUCGGAGUUCGGCAUUCACCUGCCUGGCACUGGCUUAGCAGCUGGGUGUGAACUAGGGCCCUGUGGGGCGAUCUGAGCUUGGGGGUCGGGUUUGGGUUUCUCAAUGGCUCUUUCGCCUCAGGGAACCAUUUAUGGGUCAGAAAUACUAUGGCAGCUGGGCCACUUGGGUUAUGUAAAAGGAGCAAUGAGGAGGCGCAUUGUGUAGUGGCCAGAACAUGGGCCUGGCAGUGAGGAGUUCAUAGAACCAGAGAAUCUCAGGGUUGAAGGGACCUCAGGAGGUAUCUAGUCCAACCCCCUGCUCAAAGCAGGACCAAUCCCCAACUAAAUCAUCCCAGCCAGGCCUUAAAAACCUCUAAGGAUGGAGAUUCAGUCACCUCGCUAGGUAACCCAUUCAGAGGUCUGGCCACGGCUCUGAUUCUGAGUGACUGCGUGACCCUGGGCAACUCACUUAAUCUUCCCUGGGCCUCACUCUGUGCCUCAGUGUCCCAUUCUGUAAGACAGGGGUAGAGAGUUUGCAAUCAAUGUUUGUCGGGGGUUUUGAGAUGCUCAGAAGAAAGGUGCCAGAGACGGGAGAACUAAUGAAUAUGAUUAUCGCCCCGGUCCUCGAUCUGCCAUACCAUGAGGUCACUAUUUUGACCCUAUAAAUGGCUGUUGGAGAGACAAGGUGGCUGAGAUAAUGCCUUUAUUGGACCCCUCCUGACGGUGGCUGACAGCCCCACUGACAGCCUGCCGGCCCCACUCUUUGGCUCUAGCGUUGAGUCCUAGGGGACUGUGAUGGCUGUGGACACGCUGUUACUUCGCACACGGUAAGGAAAGAGUUUCAUAGCGAGUUUGGAAGUGUCGUGUUCAUGUCACUGGGGCUCCAGAGAGAGAGGCCGUUAUUUGGCCAACCCCAGCUGUUAUCAAGGGGUAAAUACAUGCUCAAGCCUCACGGUCUGGGGCCUGCGACUGUGGGAUGGCCAGGGGGACACUUAAAGGGUCAGGAACUGCAAGGUGGUGGGGGGGUCCCAGCGUUCGGGCUGCGGUCCCAGCCGGAAUGUCGCACGGUGCCCGGCAAUGGAACUGCCUGGCAGCCUGAGCCCUGCGAGGGAGUCAGCUGGCACAGGCCACCCACGGGUGGCUGACUGCGAACUUUCCAAGCCAACACUGCAUAGUAACCCUGGGUUUACAACUGCCGGACCUGGGUGUCACAGCCCUGCUAACGUGGCCGUACCUCGCCAUGCAGACCGUCCAACUUGGGUCUGCAGUUUGAGCUGUGUCCACGCUGCAAAGUGACACGGCUUGGACCAGAGUCGCAGCAGGACCCGGGCUCUGACCCACCCCCCCAGCAGGGUCCUAGGACCAGGGUCCUGAGUGUUUGCUCACCCAAAUCAGACUGAUUUGUGUGUGGACAGAAGGGGGGCUUGGGCAAACCUGAGUUAGAAGCUGGGCUUAGUGUGUGGUGUAGACACAAUCAUAGAGCUUUAAAGCUCAUAACCCACCCCUUAAACUUCACCAGGAGCCCGCUGGCAGCCAGUGCCGAUCCCAGCGCUCCGGGGCCAUGCGCCCCCAGGGGAAGGGGGGGGGCUUUCCGCUUGCAGCCUGGCAGCAGCGCUGAGGAAGGGCCUGAGGCAGGGUCAGUGAAUCACUGGUUGGAGCCACAGGCCGGCAGGUUGCUCAGUGACCUCAUUGCUGCUACAGCCCAUGGGGCUGGGAUAGCAGCCAAGCAGCAUCAUGCCACCAGAGUGGGGGAAGAGGCCUUCUUCCACACCCCUGCUCCAGUCUCCUGCACAGAUCCCAUUGGCCUGGGUUUUGUGGGAGAGGCGAGGAGAAUGGCAUGUGCCCCUUAGGCUACAGAGGCUUCUCCAAUCCUGGGUUUGCUUCAGCUUUGGUUGGUAUCCAGCAUUGUUAGCCUGUCAGCAUUCAGUGCAUCACCAUCCUCAUGGUCCUUCACUGAUACCCACGCUGGGGACCUCUGUGGGAGGAGUGACAGCGAUGCCCUAGCUCUUCUGGGGUAACUGGCUGGGCUUGUCACGGGAUCCUCGCUGCAGCCCUAGAGAGGGGCAGCGAAUCUGCAUUGCCUCCCCCUUAGACUCCCUGCACCUCCCCAGCCCCAUGGCAUGAGCGCAGAGAGGGCAGUUGUUGGAGGGCGGAUUCCUUAGUGGCUCCAUGGGACUCUGUGGGAUAUUCCCCUUCCGUUUGCUCAGCAGUUUGCUCCUAGGUAUAAAGAAGCUGGAGCCUCAGCUGCCAUCGUCUGCGUCAGACGAUUACCCCAGCCCCAGUGUAGCAUAAACCCAGCUGCGUCCACAGUUCUCUUCAGCCACUUGUUGGGACCCAGUAAAAAGACUUUCUGGGGGCCUGGCUGGCAGGCGGGUGCCAGGAGGGUGUUGUGGAGACCGGAGGACUCAGGGGCCCUGCUGGGUGUUUGUACUGUCCGUAUGGAUGUAUGGGACAGCUGGAGUGCCCCGACUGUGUCCAGGGUCUCAUUUUGGGGGACGGCAGUAUGGGGGGAUGGGUUUUCCUGUGUUUUGCUCUGUGUCGCUGUGUGUACGUGUGUUUGUGGGCACUCCAUGACGUGCUCUUGUCCAGCACACAUGACCUGAGACCUCCAGCCAGUCUUUCCAGCGCAGCGCUUGGGGUCAGGUGGGCAUCAGGAGGUCUCUGGGCUCCUGCUGCAGGGACCAGCCACACUCCCCUGCGAGACGGGGGUGGGCCUUGCCGGCAGGUAGAAGAGUGUUGCCCAAGGUGGCCACAGCUUGCUACAGACAUGCAAGAAUCCCCAUCCUGUGGGCUGGGCUCUCAGACAUGCACCUCCUCCCACAGAGCUGUUAUGUGGCUCUGACAAACAGUCACCCGGGAAGGGCUCGGAGGCCGGCGUGUCGCCAGGUGGGAAACCGACUUCAGCUCAGCAGUGCCCUAGAGGUGGUCGCUGGCUCCUUGGGCUGGUGGGGGGCUGGGAAGGCUGGGAGGAAAGGGCAGGUUUGUCUGUGCACAGAGCCAUGGGUGUUGGAGCAAGCGCUGGGACAGGGAAGCUCCUUGAGAAAAGGGCCAGUUUUCUAUGCACUCUAGCCACGGUAUCCCCACCCUCUCCGCUGCUCUCGGGAGAGGGGGAGCGCUCCCUAGCCCCUGCAAUAACCUCAGAGCAGAUCAGCGGCUGGGCUCCUGCAGCCAGCGCACGGGGUGGCGUGCGAGUGGGGACGGGGAGGCAGACACGGGACUGGUUGCUGGGCCUGGGAGUCUCAUCUCUCGGCUCCUGGUGGAAGAUCCCGCCAGUGCAGUGUCCUGCCCCUCUGCCUCUAGCUACUCAUUCCUGCUGGGCAGCUGCAAGGCCAUGUGUGGGCAGGGAGGGGAGGGGAAGCCUGGCCCGUCUCUAAGGCAGGGCUCCAAGGAGGGAGUCCCUGAGCGUUCUCUGGCUAGUGCCUGAGGAGCCUUCGUAGUCCAGUCCCCUCCCCACCCGCCCAGAAACAAGCCCAUUCCCUGCAACGUUUCGACUACCAUGGAAUUCUCAAUAGGGCUGGAAAAAGACUCAGUCCGAGCGGAAAAACUGGCCUCAGCCGCUGGGAAAUGGGUUUUAAAACAUUCUCCUCUCUGGGUUCUGUGCACAGGCCGGCGCAGGACUGCACCUCAACACCACCAUAACCAUGGCAGCUCCCGGAACGGGCCCUUCCGUGAGGGGCGAGGUGGGUGCCAGCUUGAAAUCUGGAGCCAGAGGUGGAUUUUGAACACCCGCCCCCCAAAAAAAUCCCAAGCCAAGAUUUUGGUCCAGGAAAAGGGACACCUGCAAAAUGUGGGUCUAGAGUCAGGUUUGGCUUCUGCCUCCUGCUUUAAGGGCAGGGGGAAGCUUGGUUCAGAUUAGGGACUGGCUUCUGUCCACUAAAUGACACAGACCGCACUGGUGCCGGGGGGGAGUCAGAGCAGGGAGGGGGGGUGCUGAAUCCUAGAGCCUCCCCCCCCCGCCCGAAUUCAGGGAGCUGGAGCUUAGCUGGGUCCAGCUCUAGUUUUAAAUGGCCAGUGAGACAAAGCGCCCACUCUGGUUCCAGAUUUGCUGGAAGCACUAGCCACAUGGCUGGUUGGUUUGCUGGCUAGUUCACCUCACCCGGCACAGAUUUCUCUGAGCGGUUUGUUUCUCCCCCUCUCCCUCUCGUCCAGCAUCUGGAAGCACUUCCAUCAUGUACUGUAAAUACUCUGUGUGACACCUUC